UGCAGGAACCGGAUGAGGGCUGGUUCCCGUGCUGACGUCCUUGGCAAACAGCGACACGUGGAGGACCAAAAUGCAAAGACAACAACAGUUAGCGUCACCCAGGUUGACAAAAUUAUCAACGUCCAGAAUAAACAAGGAUGUUGAGGAGGAACUACAACGACAUAAGGUUGAAAGCUGUUUAUGACUAUGUUGUCGAUGUUGCAUCGUUUUGCACGUUCAUUGUCGUAUGUCUGCCUCGGAUGCUGUUCAUUAACUGGCCAUGCAUUUGCGUCUAAACUACAUUAAUCCGGUUUUAGCCCCCAUGAUAACCGCUCGUGGAGUUGCAACGGGCUUUCAUUGUGCAGCCAAAGCAAUGAGCGCUGCAGCAGGUUCAUCGCCAUUCGAGCCUCCAGAGCAUUGUCUGCCUGGAGUCCAGGAAACACGCCCUGGGAGCCCGCCGCGACUGCGGAGACUGGUCGACAUUCCGGGAUGCCAACCGGACCGAGUCAACGACUUGCUUCUACUCAGUAACGUUACUUCGGAUUCACAGGGACGGUGCGGUUCAGACGCCGAAGAUCCAAGUGCACAUGUUGUGUUUUUCCCUGGAGACAUACAGAAUUUCCAGCAGGAGAUGUCGCUCCAGCCAGAGGGGGCGCAGUGGCUAUCCUGGAGCCUGGAGAACGUCGCCCUCACCCUGGGUCGCCGCUUCCCUGACCGCCACGUGUGGGUGAUCCGAGCCUCCCGCAUGUACCUGCACAAGUUCAGCUGCUAUCACAACUUUGUGGAGAGCAACCUGUUUGGAGCGCCCGAGCACUCACCUGACUACGGAGCAUUUCGCCACCUGAGGGCACUGCUGAGCAACGGCAUGGAGCGCGCUGGCUUGCCCAACCCCCUCCCGCCUCAAAGGGGUGGCGACACAGUCGCCCCGGGUUUCUCCUUGGCCGUGGUGGGCUUCAGCAAAGGCUGCGUGGUGCUCAACCAGAUGGUGUACGAGCUGGCGAGGGCACGGGCUGACCCGGAGAUGGGGCCAUUUGUGGAGCGCCUUUCAGACAUGUACUGGCUGGAUGGUGGCCACCCGGGAGGCAGCGAGACCUGGGUGACUGACAAGCGGGCGCUGGGGGAACUGGCGGCCAGCGGGGUUGCGGUCCACGCCCACGUGACACCGUACGAGGUGUGUGACCCCAUGCGAGCCUGGGUGGGCCGAGAGCAUGGGCGCUUUGUCAAGAAACUUGAGGAUCUAGGGGCCCGACUCAGCCAGAAGAUACACUUUGAGGAUGAGCCCGCAUCCAUCGAGAACCACUUCCGGAUCAUCCAGGAUUUCUGAGGCGUUUGUUCAUUCCUGAUUGUCUAUUGGCAUGCAAAGUUUAAAAAAAAAAAUAAUAAUACUGGCAAAGCUUGAUUCGAUUUGCAAAUUUCUGGUUUAAUGCAAGGGGAUAAAGCUAGUUGGGUCUCAUUCAUCCCUCUUGGUUCUUCCUUUCAUGCAGAAGUCAAUCUAUCACUAUCCCUAUCUUCCUAGACCUCAUAUUUCAUGAUCUAAGGGCUCAAAUAUAAUUUACUUUAAAAUCCAAGCAUGCAGAUUCCAAUUGGAAUGCAUUGCCCUUAUCGAGACACCCCUCUGUCGUUUCUCCAAGGAAUGUAUAUUUCCUUACUUCUACUAGAUUGGCCUUUACCAUAGACAAAGUUUGCAUAUUGUACCGAAUAAGGGCUAUUUGCAUGUGAACAUUUGCCAGAAUCCAGUAAAGUCACUUUCUAACUAGGGAUUUCAUGUUUAAUUUAGGUAGUACAGUAAUUCUGCUCAUAGAUUAUGCAUGUAUGAACUACACUUUAACAUCCAGCCCAUAGCGGAAGGUUUAAAAAAUGCUGUACUUACUAGUUGCCAAAGUUCCGGAGCAUGUCUUAAAAUCAAGGGCCAGACCUGUCAAUUGUCAGAUUAUCUAACCUUGAUUGUAACCUUUGCCUUUUUGUGAAAUACAACACAUUGAUUGUAAUCUAAAAAGUAGCUUUGAUCCAAUGUCCAAUGUGGUUGAGUAAAGUUUAUUUUCUUGCAAUAUUUCGGGGGCAACAGUUGACUAUUCCUCAAGUGCAUCAGCUCCUUCCAUUGAACAUUGUCUUGAUGUCAAGUGACAUACUGUGGUGACUUAGAGUGGGCCUCUGUUUCACCAAGGAACACUUGGUGUUUGUGUGGAACAACUACAUUUCCUGAUGUUGCUUGGGUCAGAAUGUCCUGUCUUGUAAAUUGAUUUAUGUUCAGUGAUGAACUUUGAGUUGGAGGUUAGCUUAAAUUAAUCUUGCAGGCUGAUGUUCAGCAUUCAUACUGUAUUCUAAUAGACUAGAGUGAUAUCUCUUGGUAAGCUUAUAGAGCUGCUUUUGCAUUACCUACCAUGCUGGAUUUCUGGUGAUUGGUUCAAUGGCUACUGAAAUGCAAUUAAUGUACUUUUCUACUUCAUAGCCAUUCCAUUUUGAAAUGCUGUUUUUGUUUAAGACAUGCUAUUCCAUAGCUGCUGUUGUAUGAUUUGCCCAUUUAGAAAUAAAUGAACAACUCUUAAAAGAUACAA